AUUCAUCAGAUAUGGACAGCAUCUUGGUUUUAAUGAAAUAUUAUAUGGUGACUUAUUAUAUUAUAUGUCUGUUACAUGGCAAAGUAUGAUUUGAUUUUGGGAGACAACCCAUGUUUUGCCAGGGUUGGUAGAUGAGGUGAAGAACAAAACAUGUGCAACAAUUGUUCAGCAGUAUUAAAAAGAGAAAAAUUGGAAAUUUAUAACAACAAUAAGUUCAAUACCAGAUUGUAUUGAUUUUGGGACAUGGCUGACUGGGAAAAUAGCUGGAAAAUAUACUGGAAAGUGUAGUCUUGUUGUAGCUAGAUACUGGAUAAAAGCAAAAAACCCAAUACUCCAGAAGUUGGCAUAAUAUCUCUCUCCCAGAAAAAUUAUUCCUAGUGUAUUUAUUAUGACAGUGUAGAUAAUAUGAGUCACAUAAUUGUAUGUGUACAACAGUCUGUGAACAUUCUAUUCAAGAGGAAACAUUAGUUAGUGAGCCCUGCAUUUAUGUUAAACUUUCAAUAUUUGUGAAUAGUGGAGAUUAAUGAAAACAGACAGCAAUUUUAAAGUGUUAAAUUUUCAAGACUUGUGGAUUAUUUUGGGGUAUAUUUUGCAGACGUUUGGGACUAUCUCUGGCUUCUUGAAAGAUGAUCAUAGUGUGACAGUGACAGGAAUUUGUAGAGGAGAUUCUCAUCACAUAAUAUAGUGUAGCUUGAUUGGAAAAUUCUUAGGAUAUAUUCUGGAAUCUCAACCAGUGAAUUUUUGUGUGAAGUUGAUUGAAGGCGUUUUGUGUUUUCUGAGAUUGGAGUAUAAUUUUUGUCUGAUAACAGGAUACUAUUUUAAAAUUAGCAACAAAAAAUGGCAGACACUGCAGAGGAAAAAUUGCAAAAUAUGAACAUCCAAGAUUUUGAUGGAAGUGAAUUUGACCCUUUUGCUCCACAAAAUAAAAUGGCUAGUAUAAAUAAUGGACAGCAACCUGUGGAUUUGUUAGGGGAAUGUUAUGAAAAUGGACAAAUGACAAAUGGUGAUGACAAACAUGUGUCCUUUGAUCAGGAGGCUGGUAUAGGCCUUCCUGACCCUUCAUACAUUAAUCAAGGUCAAGGUGAAUGUGUAGGUCAAAAGGGUGAAAUUCCGAGACAUAUGAGUACUGGUGAAAUUUUAGGAUAUCAGAAUGAAUAUGGUGAGUCAUUGAUGACUGGACAAGUUGAAUAUACUGGUGGCAGUGAGGAGGAGGAUAAUAAUGUAGUAGAUAUUCAUGUUCAAGAUCAUAGUGCCAGAGGUGAUUAUUCUAGUCAAGACCCUAGUCAAAAUUUACAUGAUCAGUAUGUUGAAAAUGAUUAUUUGGGCGAUGAUAGUGUUCAGGAUGAUGACAGGGAGAAUUUUGAUGGACCUGUUGAUUAUGACAAUGAUGAAAUUGACCCAGAUUCAUGGCAUCCUGAAAUGGAUCCUGAGAGAUUACGAAGGUCACAGUCACCAGAAAGGUCAGUCUCACCUUAUGUACAUACAGAAAGUGGUGGUGAUAUGGACUCUGAUGUGAUAAGCUCCCCUUCUGAAAUGUCUCACCCUGGACCUAUGUCUGAACCUAUAAUGAGCAAUAUUCACAGAGAAGAUCCAUUCAUUCCAAAGUCAGAAGGUGCUGAAACACCAGACUUAACUUCCCAGGGAUCCCAGCAAAUAUCUUCCGAGGAAACAGAAUCUUUAGAUUCAAGGUCAGAAUGCGAAGGCACACCAAGAAGACGAAGAAUUCCAAAACCUAAAACUAAGAAACCUCUGGAACUGCCCCCUUGGGAUGAUAACGUAGUGAUACCAAAACUUCCCAGGAUGAAACCCACAUUGAUUGGUAAACAGGCUGACUUACCACCUCCGUCUCCUCCGCGGUUACACCGGCCGAGAACAGCACCAGCACGCCACAAUGCUAAAGAUGCUUCCUCGGACAGUGGAGUCGAAGAAGAGGCCAAAUCACCAAGAAAGAGUUCUGGAGAUGUAAAGAAGAAAUAUGGGACAGAUACAAAGAAUGAAAGGUACAGACCAGGUGGUGGUAACAUACAGGUGUUCUCACAGAAAAUUGAUACACGAUCGGUGACCCCGCGCACCGACACAACUAAACCUAGAUCAGCUCUCAGUCCCAGAAUAAGCCCUUCCAAAGACAGGGCUCCCUCUCUCCCAAAAGCUCCAACUCCCAACACCAAACAUGUGCAAUCAAAGAUAGGAUCUCUAAAUAAUGUGAAGCAUUCACCAGGAGGUGGUAAUAUUAAAGUAUUGCAUGCAAAAGUAGAUUUUUCCAAUGUUCAAAGUAAAGUUGGUUCUAAGGACAAAAUUGACCACAAACCAAAGGGAGGUGAUAAAAAGAUAGAAAGUCAAAAAUUAAUCUGGCAGACGGACUCAAAAAUUGGCAGUUUAAAGAACAUGAAACAUACGCCGGGAGGAGGAAAUUUGAAAGUGGUUAGUCAAAAACUGUCAUGGUCAGCCAAGUCACGUGUUGGAUCUCUUGAAAACGCGACUCAUUCCCCAGGCGGUGGUAACGUUAAAGUAGUCAGUCAAAGAUUGAGUUGGUCUGCCAAUGCUAGAGUUGGUUCAUUAGACAAUGCGCAUUAUAGGUCGGGCGGUGGCAGAGUUAAAAUUUUGGACCAGAAAAUUGAAAUUAAAGCACAUUCAAAGGUGGGAUCUACGGCAAAUUUAAAACAUAAACCAGGUGGAGGUGAUAAAAAGAUAGAAUCACAGAAACUUGAGUUCAAGGAGACUGCAAGGUCAAAGGUCGGGUCAUUGGACAAAGUUAAACAUAAGCCAGGUGGUGGUGAUAUUGUGAUCCAUAAUGAAAAGCUAAAGUGGGAAACCACAUCAAAAGUGAAAUCAUUAGAAAAUGCUGAUCAUGUACCAACUGGUGGAAAUGUGAAAAUUGUCGAUGAGAAGCCAGUAUGGACGGCUGCACCUAAAGUUGAGUCUCUUGUAAAUGCCGACCAUGUUCCUGGUGGCGGACAUGUGAAAAUUCUUGAUGAGAAAGUAGACUUUACCAAUACAGCCAAACCUAAAGUAGGGUCAAUGGAUAAAGUGAAACAUCAGCCUGGGGGUGGGGAUAAAAAGAUAGACUAUACCAGGACAAUGAGUGAAACUACUAAGCUUCCACAACCGUCUGUGUCCCCUAUUUCUACAAGGGAUCAAUCGCCCAAACCAGAAAGGACAGGGUCAAAACAAAUGGACACUACACAGUUUGAUUCUUCUUUAAAUCAGUCAAAUGACUCUGAUUAUAAGCCACUGAAUUUAAACUUGGGCAGAUCUAGUGAAGUAGGUCAGCUUACCGGAGAUGAAAGGUCAACAAUUAGUUCUCCUGAUUAUUCAGAGCAGUGGGAGGAAUAUUCAUCACCUAGGAAGACAGCAAGACAGAGUCAGCUGACUCAACGGUCUAUGUUAACAACAAGUCAAAUGACACAUCGGUCCAGGGAGAGUGGCAGAUUAUCACCAACAAUGGAAACUGCAAACGUAGAGGUUGGUUCCCAUCCCCUUACUCUCCCAAGGUUUAAUGAACCAUUAAAGUUAAAGAAAGGUAGAAAAUUUGUUGACUUUGAAACACCAGCUCCAACUGUUGUUUAUGUGCCACAUCGAAGCUUUGCUCAUGGACGAUUUACAAAUGUUUCUGUUGAAAGAAAAAAUGGACGUUAUGUUGUAAUUGAGCAAAGACCAAUACAUACACAGUUUACUGACACUUCAGAUGGAGUGGACCACAAAUACCAAAGAGAUAUAUUUGGUCCAGAAAAAUCAUGGACAAAAAAGAAAGCUCCCUGGAGUUGGUCAACCAAAGGUAACUUCAUUGAAAGGUCAAUGAAUAGGAAAUACUAUGAGCCAUAUCUACCACCUAUGAAAACUAGGUAUUCUCACGUUGACUCACGUGUAGGUUCACUAGAUAAUUACGAUCAUCAUCCAGGUGGAGGGACACAUAAGGUUCCCUCAUUCAAAUUGAAAUGGGAAGCCCAAGCUAAGGUGGGAUCUCUUCCAAAUACAUCAAGGACAGAUGGAUCGCCUCAGAACAUGCCAAAGUUUCCGAACAUUUCUCCUAGAUUUGGAGCAAGUGCUGCAUCAGGGUCAUUCACAUCCAUUCAUUACACACCUGGUGGUAACGUGAUCUUACGUAGGCAAAAGCUUGAUGCCAAAUCACAGGUUGGAUCCCUUGACAAUAUAAGUCACAGUCCAGGUGGAGGAGAUGUAAAUAUUCCCAAAAAUAACAUAAAGUGGAAAAAAGAAUCGAAAAUAGGAUCACUUGAUAAUGUCACUCAUUUACCCAAAAGCAGUAAUGUACAGAUAUUUGAAGAUAAAUUGAAAUGGAAUAAAGAAUCAAAAAUUGGUUCAUUAGACAAUACUGAUCAUACCCCAAGAAAGGGACGUUUUAAAGUUCCUCACUUUGAUAAAGACUGGAAUAAGGUUGCUCGAUCAAGAGUUGGCUCCUUGUCAAAUGUCAGCCAUUAUCCAAGGGGAGGUAAUGUGCAGAUCAUAGAUCAAAAAUUGAAUUGGAAAGCUAAAUCAAAAAUAGAUACACAUUGGAAAUUUAACUAUGACUAUCAAAGCUUAUUUGGUGAGAAUGACAACAAUUAUGAUGGUCAGAGUUUCAGCAAUGCUGGCUCUGAACCAUUUACUGUGUAAUUUAAGUACCUGGCAUCUCACAUUUACCAAACAUUCCGACAAUUAAACACUCACAAAAAAAAGAUGAAAAUGCAAGAGCAUUACUUUCUUUUAUAUGAAAGGGGAGGCUGUGUUUAAAUUUUUAUAGUGUGUAGCACAAGUGCUAGAUUAAAAUACAUCAUUUGUGUUUAUUGUUUUAUCUAUUGAUAAAGGUCUACAAAGCACAGGCUAUGAAUACAAAGGAGUCAUU